ACCCCCCGCUACUCAGAUCAUAUAUACACUACACAUACACAGCCAUCUCUCUCACAGCCAUCUCUCUCUCUCUCUCUCUCAACUCUUAAAUCAUCAAAUCUAUCAGAAUUUUUUCAUUUUGGGAAAACGAAAUUUGUGAAGAAAGACGAGAAAUGGAGGGUUUGGACUCGUCGUUAAUGGCUCGAGGUCGCUUGGCUGUGCUCUCUGCUCAUCUCUCGGCUUGUGUUGAGUCUGAUGCGUUUGCACCAUUUCUAGAAGCCUCUACUGUCUCGGUUCGAUCGGCGGCGGCAGCUCCACCACAGAAUUUAAAUGGUUCGUUGACGAUCGUCGAUGAGAGGACUGGUAAGAAGUACCAAGUUCAGGUCUCCAACGAAGGCACUGUCAAAGCCACCGACUUGAAAAAGAUAGCAACAGGAAAGAAUGACAAGGGGCUCAAACUUUAUGAUCCGGGCUACCUUAACACAGCUCCUGUUCGGUCAUCAAUUUGCUACAUUGAUGGUGAUGAGGGGAUCCUUAGGUAUAGGGGUUACCCAAUUGAGGAGUUGGCUGGAGGAAGUUCCUUUUUGGAAGUGGCUUACCUUUUGAUGUAUGGGAAUUUGCCUUCUGAAAGUCAGUUGUCAGACUGGGAAUUUGCUGUUUCGCAACAUUCAGCUGUUCCUCAAGGAAUUUUGGAUAUCAUACAGGCGAUGCCUCAUGAUGCUCACCCAAUGGGUGUUCUUGUCAGUGCAAUGAGUGCUCUAUCUGUCUUUCAUCCUGAUGCCAACCCUGCACUUAGAGGGCAGGACUUAUACAACUCUAAACAAGUGAGAGAGAAACAAAUAGUGCGCAUUCUUGGAAAGGCACCGACCAUUGCAGCAGCAGCUUAUUUGAGGAUGGCAGGAAGGCCGCCUGUUCUUCCCUCCAACAAUUUUUCUUAUUCCGAGAACUUCUUAUACAUGCUAGAUUCAUUGGGCAAUAGUUCUUAUAAACCCAAUCCUCGAUUGGCUCGUGUUCUCGACAUUUUGUUUAUAUUACAUGCAGAACACGAAAUGAAUUGCUCCACAGCUGCUGCCCGGCACCUUUCAUCAAGUGGUGUUGACGUGUACACCGCUCUUGCUGGAGCUGUUGGAGCUCUGUAUGGUCCUCUUCAUGGUGGAGCAAAUGAGGCGGUGCUUAAGAUGCUGAGUGAGAUUGGAACAAUUGACAAUAUCCCAGAGUUUAUCGAGGGCGUGAAGAACAAGAAGCGAAAGAUGUCAGGUUUUGGCCAUCGUGUAUACAAAAAUUAUGAUCCCAGAGCGAAGGUCAUAAAAAAACUGGCUGAGGAAGUAUUUUCAAUUGUUGGCCGGGAUCCUCUCAUUGAGGUGGCUAUUGCUUUGGAGACUGCUGCACUGUCAGAUGAGUAUUUUGUUAAGAGGAAAUUGUAUCCAAAUGUUGAUUUCUACUCUGGGUUAAUUUAUAGGGCAAUGGGCUUCCCAACGGAGUUCUUUCCUGUUUUGUUCGCAAUUCCUCGGAUGGCUGGCUACUUAUCACACUGGCGAGAGUCCCUGGAUGAUCCUGAUACGAAAAUAAUGAGGCCAGCUCAGGUCUACACUGGCGUGUGGUUGAGGCAUUAUAUGCCACUCAGUGAACGGAUGGUAUCGCCUCAGGCAGAGAAACUUGGUCAGGUGUCCGUUUCAAAUGCCACCAGGCGGCGUCUGGCUGGAUCCGGAGCCUAGGAUUGAAGAUAAUCUACAUCAAAUUUUACAUUGGUUGGAAAAAUAAUAAACAGGCUUCUUUAAGUGUUUGGCAUGGUGUAUCAUUACUUUCCUUCCGAAGACAUCACUGGUUUUGGUCAUGUGAUGCACUCUCCAUGAAUAAGAACAGUAAAACAGUCAACCGAUGAUUAGAUUAAAAAAUUCCACUACCCCUUGAAGUUAGGCUUAAUUAUAAAGGUAUUCCAUGUAUUUUCAUAAAUUACAUUGACAUCCAUCCAUUAGCAAACAUAUUAGGCGAACAGUGUUAACGGGCUUAUCUCAAAAUGAGUCAUUAUUCAACAUAAG